CAUACUGGAUCACCACACGUUAGCCCUGAGCCUCUGUUAGAUGCUAUCGUGAAAUCUCGCUUUCGCCUUCAACCUAAACCGGACCUCGCCACGAACCUCGCCAUGGCCAAGACGGUCAACAAAAAUGAUGUCCUGGCCUCGCCGGGACCCAGAACGCUAGACUCUCCCAAGUCGCUGAAAUCCAUCUUCUUGCCAAAUGAGUCGGGCUUUGAGCCUGGAUCUGGGGUCAAAAAGGGCACUCUGGAGGAUGAUCGUUAUGCUGGACCAGUUUGGGGUAACAGCCAAAGCCAAGGCAAGCCGCCUGAGGCUACUAGCGCUUCUUCGUGCCGAUCGGAUCCUGACUACGGUAGUUGGACGGGGCCAACUGAUCCGUUGGCGUCACAACCUGGGGAGCAAGCGACAGAACCGACUUCCACGCCCAGUGCCUCGAAGUUUACGAUCCCUUCUUGUUGUUUGCCCAACGCAGAGGUUUCUGCGGCAGUGAAUAACGCCAUCAACGCCUUCGCGAUCGCCAAUGUGUCAGUCAGAAAUUCCAUUGCCUCGAAUUAUCAUGAUGUCAGCGCCACGAGACUUGGGGACGAGGGUUCGAGGCGAGCGCAGAGUGGGGCGCCAGAUUUCACUUUGGCCGGAGAUUUCGGAGGCGAUCAGUUGUCCUCAUCUGCCAACGGCUGUAAAGAAUAUCGCCCACUUUGCCCUAGUGGAUCAGACGAAAAAUUGGGUGAAUUGAACUCGUUUUCUAUCGUCUCAAUAGCAUUUCGAAUGACCAUCUCUCAGAGUGCAGCAGCAAUUCCUAUUACUUAA